UUCCUGUUGAGAGUGUACUUCUUCGCUUUUGCGCUCUGUCUUUCCAAGUUCUAUACUCAACUAAUCAGGUCUCGACCGUCUCGAUCGAGCAGAUUGGGCAUGAUGAUGUCUUCGAGGAGUUUCUUCUCUCUAAUUCUUCUAAUCUUCCUUUCAUGCCUGCUCGCAAGUACCAACGCUCAGGAGGGUACCGAGUGUAGCGCAUCUCUACCAUGCAAGGUCGGAUGUUGCAGUAAAUUCGGCUUCUGUGGUUUCGGAGCUGAUUACUGCAGCAAAUCCGUCUGCACUAACAACUGCGAUCGCAAAGCAGAAUGCGACCCUGGUGGCUUUGGCAAAGACUACGUCAACAAGACAACAUGCCCGCUGAACGUUUGCUGCUCAAAACACGGUUUCUGCGGAACCACUGAAGAGUUCUGCGGUAACAAGAAGGUCAGCAGGCCUAGCUGUACCGUCGACAAGAGUAGCAAGUUCAAGCGUGUCGUGGGAUACUAUGAGACAUGGUCUGCCUCGCGAUCUUGCAACCGCUUCUACCCAGAGCAAAUUCCUCGUGGCGUUUAUUCUCACAUCAACAUUGCCUUUGCCAGCAUCAAUCCCACGACUUUUGAGAUUGUGCCUGCCAAGAAGGAAGACCUCGAGAUGUACAAGCGAGUCUCUGCUCUCAAAGCCAAGGACCCCAAUCUCAAAGUUCUGAUUGCUGUUGGCGGUUGGACAUUCAAUGACCCAGGUCCAACUGCGACGACUUUCUCGGAUAUUGCGAGGUCUGCUAGUGCCCAGAAGAAGUUCUUCGAUUCCACGAUCAAGAUGUUGGAAACCUAUGACUUGGAUGGCAUUGAUCUUGAUUGGGAAUAUCCCGAGGCCGACGAUCGAAGCGGACGACCUGAGGACUUUGCCAACUUUCCGAAAUUCAUGAAAAGUCUGAAAGCAGCUUUGAAGAAAUACGAAGUUAGCACACUCUUCCGGCCUCUUAUUCAUUUUGAUCUCAAGGCUCUCUCCCCGCACGUGGACUUCUUCAACAUGAUGACCUAUGACUUCCAUGGUGUAUGGGAUAAGCCGAACGAGUUUACAAUGGCUAAUGUCGGCUGGAACAGUGUUGGACCAUACUUGAACAGCCAUACGAACCUGACUGAGAUCAAGGGGGGUCUUGAUCUCCUCUGGCGCAAUGGUGUAGACAAGGACAAAGUCACGCUAGGCCUCGCCUUCUAUGGACGCGGUUUCAUCGCUAGCAGUUUUUCCUGCAUGUCUCCCGGGUGUACAUACGAGUCGGGAACGUACGCUCAAGCCUGCAGCGCCGAAGUUGGCGUCGCCCUAAACUCAGAGAUUGAACAGCUCGUUUCUGAGCAGGGGGCCAAGGCAACACUGAACAAAGAUGCUGCCGUUAAGAUUGUCACCUGGGGCGGCAACAACUGGCUCACCUUCGACGAUGAGGAGACUCUUCGUCUCAAAGCGGACUACGCUCGCAGUCUAUGCCUCGGCGGUGUCAUGGUUUGGGCCAUCUCACACGACACCAGAGCAGGAAAAUACUCGAUGGCUCUGUCUCGCGUCGCUCCUAGACUAUUCACUUCUGAGAUGGCUACGGAAGAAGACGACGGUUAUGUCACCGAUGUUGAGGAGCACAAACAAUGUCGAUGGACCAAUUGCGAAGAAAAUUGCCCUUCAGACUGGACUCGUAUGAUGCGAAGUGGCCCAGGUGCAGGGAAGAACGAGUACAUGGUCAAUGGGGCAGGCUGCGGUGGCCGUGGAGAACAUAAGUUAUGCUGUCCUCCCGGCAACAAGCCAACUUGCGGGUGGUAUAAACACAACAAUGGCGACUGCGAUAGUGGUAAAUCCUGCCCCAGCGGCUAUAAGGAAAUCGGCAGCAACAACGAGUACUGCCACACCCAGGGUGGAGGCUUCUCGCCAAUCAGGAGUUAUCAAGCAGCUUGUUGCUCAGUGGAAACUGACAACAUGAAGCUAUAUUCUCAAUGUGACUGGAGUGCAAAGAUUGCUUCGAGCACCUGGCCAAGUUGCGAAAAGGCUACCUGCGGUUCCGACGUCAUCGCGUUCUCCGGUGACGGUAGUGGUGAUGCAAUGUGCUGGGGAGCCUGGUACAAGGGAGGUAUGGAAGAUUCAAAGAAGAAUAAGUACUGCUGCGAUCAACCUGAAGAAGACAAAAAGUGGAAGGACUGUGAAUGGCAAGGCAUGACAGAUUGGACAGAUGAAGACACAGGCUUGAAGUUCUGCGACCCGUCAUGCUCUGGUGGCCUUACCAUGGUUGCCAUGGAGCACACGGGAUGCUCAGGCGGUGGUGCUAGGGCAAGGUGUUGUAAGCCUGGUUGGACGACCUCAACCACUCGGUAUGAAAACAGCGAGGACGAAUACUUUGAGAGUCACAUCAAGUUGUUCAUGUCGAAUCCUGUCUGUUCAAGUAACAUCUUUUUCGGAAACCCGCUCAAGGCUCGAGAUGAGCAAUCUGCCUCCUAUUCGAAUGGCACGCUUGUUAGCCGUCAGAUUUGGGGUAUUGGCGAUAUCCAGAGUUUCGCGACAGAGCAGUACAUGGAGAAGAUGGUUUCGGAGCUCUUCAUGGGAACACCGCGAGAGUCGACAAAAGGCAUCUGGAACAACACAAUGCUCUCGUACUCUGAGUUCAAUAGUCUGUCCUACGCCAAUCUUCACGACUACCAGCAGGCUCAAGGGUACGACUACUAUCUCCAAUUGGGCACCCAAUGGCCCCGAUACGUCGUAUGCAACUUAGGAAGCAUCAAUGCUGCCAUCAAAGGAGGUGAUGGUGAUGGCGAUGGUACCUGCACCAUUACCUGUGCCUGCACUAGAGAUGAUUGCUGCGCUGAGGACGACGAUACUUGCAUCAACUGGAGCAAGGACGGCGAGACGACAGCUCUGCAGAAGAGAGGCGAAAAGAAGCCUUAUCCUUGGAUUGCUGUCGACCCUUUUACACGCGCCCAAGCGAGUUUGCCUUGGAACGCACCAUCCUAUCCCUCCCCUGGCGACUUGAACGUGAACACAGAGAGAACACAUUUUGCCGAUGCUUGGACAUACGACCCAAAUUGUGCCAACUUUGAUCCAAUCGUCAUCGAUCUCCUUCCCAAUGGGCCCACGGGUCCGAUGAUCAAGGGAUACGAGAACGAUCACCCCUUUGAACGCAAGAUGACAUCCAUUUGGGGAGAUGAUGCGCUUUUUGGGCGACUUGCUGCCGAUGUCGGUGAAUCUAGAUAUGCUGUACCUUUUGACUUCUUCACUGUGUCGCUACAGCAGACCAACGCGGCAGGUCAAACGAUUCAGAACAUGUUGAUGAAUACGCUGGGCAGUAAGACGAAUCGUGGGGUGAUGACCUUGAUGAUCAAAGACGCGAAUUUGCUUAAGGAGAAGUUAUGGACACUCAGAGACGACCUCGUUUCCCCCACGAAGAUGGAGAAUCUUGUGUAUGGAAAUUGUCCGAAAGACGCGCUGGACCAGAUCAAAAAGGUCCUUUCCGUCUACCGAUACCAUUUGCGUCCAGGAUUUCACGACAAGCUCAAAAAGGUCGUCAAUGAUUUCCGCGACCUGCUCCGGAUUGCAGAGCAGCAUUACGCGAGUACUCACGGCGGUGCCAGCCCGAACGCAGUAAACCAUUUUGAUGAAUGGUUCAAAACUACACUUGAGAAGAUGAGGGACGUCACUCAGGAAGUCGGCAACCAAUGGCUCCCCGAGUUGGCUCGCAACCCUGCUGUUACUGGCAACGCUGUUGACAAUUCCAUACGCCAGAACUUGGUGAAUGCCUUCAACAGCCUUCCAGAUAUUGAUACCACGGGAUUCUUUCCUUGA